GGGGGCAUGCAUGUAUGAAACAGGGAGUCAAAUAGGUUUCGUCGUGAAGAUCCGUCUAGAAAUAUGUAUGACUGCGUUGUCAUAGAAAUGAUCAUUGUAACGUGUAGUAAAAGCAUCAUCAUUAAAAUAUUGAUUGCCGUUUGCAUUGAUUUUCCUCUAUGUUCGGAGCUUAGCGUAUUGCAAUAAGUAUGCCACUAGGUCUCAUGGUGAAAUCAAAGACUGUCACCAAACGAAGUAAGGGAUAACUUCGUCGGUGAAAUUGAUAGGGUAGAACAAUUUUAAUUUGUUCUUUUUAUUCAUACUUGACCGGACAGUUCUCCUGGGUAUAGAACCGGAACGGACAUUUAAAAACACAGCAUUUUACUGCUCUAUUGUCAUUCUACUCGAAUCCAACACAACAUACGGGUAUGUGAAAUCAUAGCCAUUGAAUUGGGAUUUAAUUAUUCGUUAAAAUGUGUUAGUUCUACUCGCUACUCGCCUACUGAACUCUCCGAGUUGUCCAUGUACGUACUUGCAAGAUAUGGAUUAUAAGUGUUUGCUGGACAUCAGAAAUAAUGUUUGAUAUGCACAGAGCUAUCAGACACCAUUUAUAAACACCGGUGUUGAAUGACCGGAUGCACGAUAAAGAUGCGGUGUCUCAAAAUCUUACUGGGCAGAACGCUACGGAAUACUCUCAUUCUUAUGGCUAUCUGCCUGUCAUUGCUCAAUAUGAUGAACUGGGUUUACUAUACCUAUUCAGAAGAGCUCAUUGAAACAUACAACAAAUACUCACCGCCGACAGGCGCAGUCUUUUUAACACGUUUUGCAUCGAAUUCAUCGACUCCGAAAUCGAUUUCAAAACAUCAAACCGCCACAGUGAUACCCCAGAGUUUCGAAAGACAUUAUCCGUUUUUCGACCCAGGGAAUAGCUAUGACGAUAACGGAAUCUACAUGGAAGUGGGACCCCCUCUUGAUACCAAAGAUGUGCGCAAAAAGAAACUAAAUUUUGACCCUUCAAAGUAUCCGCUGGAAGUAGAUCUUGUUAAAUUAACAAAUUAUAUUUUUGAGGGAAAAAAGAUUAAAAACAAACCGAUCAACCCUCAUCCGUAUCAAUUUGUGCACGAAGCUGCUGAUGCGUGUCAUAUUAAAAAUCUCCAUCUAGUUGUUAUAGUGAAAUCUAGAGCCAAUAAUACUAAGACCCGGGAAGUCAUAAGGAAAACAUGGGGCAACCCAACGAUAUACAGUGGGGUGGCUGUAAUUUUUCUUCUGGGACAAAUGCGUGGAUGGGAGAAAAAUAUCUCUGAAGAAGCUCAAAGGCACAAAGAUAUUGUACAAGAGAACUUCGUCGACGAUUACUCCAACAACACGCUAAAAACAAUAAUGGGGUACAACUGGGUAGUUCGCUAUUGUUCCAACGCAAAUUUCAAUCUUUUCGUGGACGAUGAUAUCUUUGUGGUGGUGAAAAACCUCGACAAUUACAGAAACAACAAAGACAAAGAACCCCGGAUCAUGGCCGGGAAACUACUUCCUCGCUCGAUCCCAUUCCGGGACAAUGGGUCGAAGUGGUUUGUGAGUUGGGAGGACUAUCCCUUUGACAGGUACCCGCCGUAUCUCGCCGGCGGGGGCGUUCUAAUGUCUUGGGACGUUACAAGAGCAUUUGCAGCGGCCUUUCCCUAUGUGAAAACAAUAUCAAUUGAUGAUUCCUAUCUAGGAGUCAUUGCUAAAAAGCUCAAUAUAGCGCCUAGAAACCAUGCUGGCAUGGUGAUCAGGAACCCUGGCAAAGACACAAAGUCUGCCAUGACCAUGAAUUUUGGCAGCGUUGUUGCAUUUCAUCGCAUUCCGUCCAGUGAGUCGAUGCAGGCAACGUGGAAUCAGUAUAUAGCUAAAUAUCCUAUUACACCCAAGCCGAAAAGGUAACGAGAGGCAAUGCUAGCUGCCACAAAAUCUCUGGUCGUGUUAACAUAUUGAUGUCUGCAGUCUUUCGUAUGAUGGCGUUUUUAUGAUGGUCUAAGAAUGAUGUUCCCAAGAUUGUUAUUGAUUUUUCUCAUUUACAGCCUUAUUGACGUUCCAGUUUUCAUAAUCGAUAAGUUUUAAUGUUUUUGAAACCCAUUUUUCAUCAAAUCUGUGAUAUUAUACUGUAGUCGAUCAUGCAAUGUUGCAUGUCGUAAGACAUAUUUUGUUUUCCUGUGUACGACUUGUGUUCAUUUAAAAAAAAAAUUCUACCAAAUGAAUACUCAGGAACAAGAAGUAGGUGAGAAUUAUGUGACCAGAUAGUCGUCAAUAUUAUUGUAGUGACUGGACAUUGGUUAUGACUACCUUUAGAUAAAGUCCUCAGAUUUGAAUUCUUUCUUAGGUCUAUAGCCCAGUGUUACAGGAUGCUGCUACUAAUGCCCAGAUAAAAAAAAAAAUAAAACAUGCAGGGUGUAUUUACUCGCAAUGAUUUUUUACAAAAAAUAUUUUUUUGGCAAAAUGGCAUGCAUACUUCUUUUGAAUCUUAUGAAUAGUAAUUGUCACUUCACAUGCUCAAUUAACCUCCCUUGUGCAUGCUUUAUCUAUUUCGACCGAGAAAGUGGAACAAUAGGUACAUUUAUAAAGAGAGUAUUUUGCCUCUUCUCUCUAGUUUCUCUUCGCUGCCCUCCCCCCAUUACCUUGCAUAAACUAAAUAAUUUAUAUACUAUAUAUCAAGCUGUGACUGAAGAGAAGGCUAAUGAGUUAAUUGCCCGACCUUAAGUUAUUUACAUACAAGUAAAUAUGUAUAACGACACUCCAAGGUAACUUUUUUUACUUUUGAGAAUUAUAAAAUCAAUCGGUUUAUCCAUAAUUUAAGAGUGGAGUUUCUACUAUACAGUAAAAAUUGUAAAUUUAUACAAACUACCUGAUAAAAAAAUUCUUGCUACACGAUGAACGCCUAAUUUGAAUUCAAACUGCAAUAAAAAUCAUUGAAUAGUGUUGAUACAUCUUGCAAUUAUACUGAUUUGUGUGCUGGUUUAUGUCGUAAGAAGAAACUAUACAAAUGGUUGAUCAAUGGUAUCCUGAGAGUAGGGGCUUCAACAUGCAUUUUCCUGAUUACUUACCAUGCAUAAUUAACAGCCAUAUCCAGGGUUUUAUUAAGCCCCUGUGAAUGGCACUUUGUACAAUUCCCUGCUAGUAUUCUCUAAGUGGAGUAGAAAGUUCAAGAAGUGUUGGUGCGAGUUUCAAUCGAACAUGCUUGAUGGUUUCAUCAAUUUUCGUAGAUUUAAGGAGAAACACGGCUUCAAGAAUACAUAAAUUCGUAGACAAGGAACUAUUCAAUACAAUAUUUUAUUUAAAAUGAAUUUAAUUUCGUGGACUAACUAAACAACGAUAUUCACGAACAUUAGCAUUCAACCAAUACUGGUGAAACCACAGUGGAACAUUACCGCAUUAUGGGAUGUAUAGUACUAUUAGUAUUACGUUUGCUCAUUACAUGUACUUGUACCUUUCUGUCAGUGUAUGAACGUCCCUGUUUUUAUACCAAGUCUGUUGUUUUGUAAUACACUUUAUGAUGACUACCACAUGAUAUUUAUAACUUAAAUUUAUACAUUGUAUUUUAAUAAUAAAACAUUCAAAUCGUGAACAAA